GGCCACCAAUGGAUGCAAUAUCUGAAGAAAUUUCGUCAUCAAUGGUGUUCCUUAUAAUUGAGAGAUCAAUUCACAGCGGGGAUGUUGACAAUGCAAGCAGCGAGUCGUGCAAUGCACAAGUGCGACUCUUCUUGAAACCGAAAAAUAAUCUCGAUGAGUUUUUCAUCCACUUUACCUGUUUAUUGGCUGACAAAAGGCACAAAGAGACUGAGUCUGACUACAUUAGGAAACAAUCACCCCCUUAAAUAGUGUUAGAGAAAAGCUCGAUCCUCCAACAUGCUGCCAAG